UACCUGCAUGCUAAAUGUUCAAUGAAUAUGCCACAAAAUUAUAGCAUUGUAUUUCGAAUAAAAAAGGUUGAAUGCAUCAUUGGUGCCUUAAACAAAACGAAAUGCCCACGUGAUCGUUGAAACUUGUGAAAAUGCUCUCAUCACCAAGCACACCGAUUUUCUAAAUUACUCCACUGCUUCUACGGAGCUCUCUCUAUACAUAGUAAAAUUGCAAAAUUAAUGAAACAAAGAAAAUGAAGAGGCAAAGGGAGAACCUCCUAAAAGAAACCAAGGCGGCAACACCCACAAAGUCGACAAAAAAGGGUUCAAGAAUGGGGGUGGCGAUGUCGAAAGAGGCGGCGGGGAAGCCGAUGGAAGAUCAGAAGGAGCUGGAAGCCAAGGAAAGUAACAUGACGGCGGUGGAAGAUAUGAUGGAAUGGGAUGAAUGGGGAAGUUUGUGGAGUGAAGUGGAUGAGCAAAUGUCAUGGGCUACAUGUUGGUGUCCGUUUUGGGAUAUGGAGUUUAUUGGAGAUGCUUAUUCUGAAUUGUAUAGUGAUGUUUUGUGGGAUGAUGAUAUUUGGGACUUGAAGGGAAUUGAUUUUACGGUGAAUAAUGUUAUUUAUAAUUAGUUCAGAUCACAUUAUUAGUUUAGGUAACAAUGAAUCUUCUAAUUUUCUAUCUUUAAAUUUGGUUAACCUAUACUGAUGAUGAAUAACGUUGCUACUUUAACAAAAUUUAUGA